AUGCCCUCGCCGGAGCCGCCCAUCAACGUGGCCGUGCUGCAGUCCUCGUACGGAGCCUCGGACUCCGUGUUCAAGGAUUGGGACACGUAUGACUGCACGCCGCGGCACUACUUCGACGCCCUGCCGGUCGGGCACCCGGCGCACGGGCGCUACCGCUUCACCAAUGUCUGGCUGGACAAGAGCACCUCGGUCAUCCGGACGCUGGAGCUGCUCAAUGGCGUGAGCGCUUCGGGGGCCGAGGCGCCCGGGCCGGCCGGCCCCGGUGCCUGCCCCCUCGCGCCGGGGGACCAGCCUACCGCACCCAACACCGCCACCAGCCCCUCAUCCAGUGCCAGUGCACAGACGUCAGCCGCCACGGCAUCCGUCACCGGGCCCUUCGACUUCUAUGUCAAUCUCACGGACGGCGCGUGGGACGAGGACCGGGCCGGGGUGGAGGUGUGCGAGGCGCUGCAGCGCUUCCGCGCCCCCUACACCGGCGCCGACCCGCGCUUCUUCUCCAUGACCAAGGAGGCGCAGAAACUCCGGCUGAAUGAGGCCGGCCUGGUGACGGCGCCCUAUGUCUUUUGCUACACGGAGGCCGACCUGCAGGCGGCCGACCGGGGCCUGGACUAUCCGCUGAUCUUGAAGCACUACAACAGCGGCGGGUCCAUCGGCAUGACGGUCGACUCGCGGGUGGAAACCCGCGACCAACUUCUGGCCGAGGGCCGCCGCUUCCUGCGGGAGUUCGGCGGCGUGCUGGUGGAGGAGUUCAUCGCCGGGCGGGAGUUCACGGUGCUCGUGAGCGAGGGCGGGUGCUCGGGACUCGGGUGCCAGGGCGCCGACGGCGAUCCGGCGGUCUUCUGCGGGGCGGUGGCCUGCCCCGGCGAGGCGGCCUCCAGGUGUCAGUGCGAUCAGGACACCCGGUCCGGCUGCACGCCCGGCACGUCGGCCAGUGCGGCGGCCAUGCUCGACGAGCCGGCAGCCUGCCGGUGCGGCCGCGACCGGGACCCCCUGCCACAUGCGUACCAGCCGGUGGAGUGCUCCUUCGCGCCGGAUGUCACCUUCAAGUACUUCGACAUCAAGUGGAUCGCCUACGAGGGCAUGGAGUGGACCCCGGUGGUGGAGGAGCCCCUGGCCGGGCGCCUGCGCGAGCAGGCGGUCCGCGCUUUCCGAGCCCUCGGCGGAACCGGCUAUGGUCGUGUGGAUGUGCGUCUUUGCCAGCGCACCGGGGACCUGGUUUUCCUGGAGAUCAACCAAAAUUGCGGGCUCUUCUAUGAGCGGGCCCUUUGGGGCUCGGCCGAUUACAUCCUGCACUUUGACAGCCCGGAGCAUGGGGUGGCGCGGUUCUUCGAGCGCAUCCGCCGGGCGGCCUUCCGCCGGGCCCGGCGCUCGAUUGCCACCUUCCAUGUGCGGACCUGCCCGGCGCCGGUCGGCGGCCCGGUCACCCGGCGCAAGCCGGUCGGCUGCUUUGCCUCGGUUGCCCUGCGCCCGGGGGACUGCGUGGCCUACAAUGAGGCUUGUCCGAUGGUGGUGUCCAGCCCCGGAGGGUCGGGUCUGUUGCAGGCCGACGCCUCGCCGCCGUUGCUGAUCCCGGAGCCGGUGCUGUCCGGCGACCGGGCCAUCGCCCUGCGCGGGGCCCCCACUCCCGGGGCCCAGGUCACCUUCUCCUUCUGGCCCGGGGUCAAUGGCCCGGCCCCGGUGGGUGCUGGGCCCCAGGAGAACCACCAGGCCAAUCCGCAGGUGUUCCGGUCGCCCGCCGGUGCCGGAGCCCCGGCCAACGCCCGCUUCGGCCAGCCCGCCAAGCAUGAUGGCACGCUCAGGGAUCCCUUCAGCGUCUUCGCCCUGCGGGACAUCCUCCCGGGCGAGGAGAUUGUCCUGGAUUAUGAUAGCUUCCUGGGCCUGUCGCCUGGCGGCAACCAGUGCUGA